UGCACGAUCACGUUUUUUCCCUCUUCGAGUUAUGACUUAAGAACUGCAACCGCGAGCGGUAGAAAGUCAUUCUUUCACUCGAUUUCAGUCAUUAAAGAUAGAAUUCUCUACUCUUGGAUUUAAUUUUUUGGAACCUUUGUUGGUAAACAAAGAGAAUAAAGAUAAUGGCCCAGAAUAUCAGAAAGUUAAGUAUUCUUCUAGUAGCUGUUCAGCUACUUAACAUUUGCAAGCCUACGUCAGCUGGCCUUGGUAUAUUUGGUAUGGGAGGUGGAGGUGGAGGGAGUACUGAAGUUGCAGAGAUUUUGGCUGCUGGUCUAAUAACUAAGCUUUUGAUGGAAGAAUAUUCAAGUGGAGGAUCAAUGUUCCGGUCUUUGCGUCAUAAUUUGCUGAGUGGCUACAAUUUUCAUCCUCCACGUCAUUACCCUCAUCCUAUGAUGUUACCUCGGUUCCCUAUGAUGAACCACUACGCUUUACCCAUGAUGCAUCGUCCUCGAUAUGUUAUGAAUCCAGCUAUGUUGCACCAGGCCCGUACACAAGCUCUUGCUUCCACCUUAAAUGAAGAAAUUCGGGCUCUACAAGCGUCCGAAAGCUAUCUGGAUGCCAUUUUAGCUACAGCGCCCUCUUCUGAAUCUUCUUCUUCUUCCAUUGAGGAAUUGUUGACGGAGGAAGAUACCCUUCCCACAGCACUGUUAUUGAGUGCUUCUAAUCUCGUGACACCAGAGCGGUCUUUGGAAGACCACCACCACCACCAAAUUCCAGUUCCCGAUACUUAUGAAACUGCUGCCAGCGAAAAUGAAUCGCGGUAUAUUUUACCACGAAUUGUCAGGCAUUUCGUUCAGAGACUGAUGAGAAGAGCAGAACAUAAUUAAUAUAUUCUGUUUUCAACUGCAUGCAUUAUACACAUUCAUUGCAAUUCUGAUUUCAUACCUAACGAUUGAUAUGAGAGAUUAGAGAUGAUUAGUUUUACUUGCGUAGAUUUGUAAACAAUCCCUAACUUUAAAUGCAUUGACACUAAACUUUUUUUUUCCCUUUUGAAAACAUUUUCAAAAAAGCAAGAGCUAGUGAAAAUAAAUUCAUUAGAAUUUUAUACAAAAUUUCCAAAUUAGGUUAUUAAUUAUUACCAAAUUAGGUUAAAACGUAUUUAUAUUUUUUCUACAUGGCUUAUAUAUAUCUUAACGUAAAGUAUUGCUAUUUUUAUAUCUUUUACAAACCGAGCAAUGAAUUACAAAUUUAUAUAAAGUUUUCUCUUCAUAAUUAACACACAUACACUACUGUAGAUGUUCUGAUUACCUAAAUUUACAAUUUACAGUACCUUUACUACUUUACAGCCUUUUAGAUAUGAGAAUAUUUUAUCGGUACUUUUUCGUUUCGCCGGCGCAAAUCUCGCCAAGCAGACUUUAUUGGCGACAACAUACAGUAUACACAUAAAAAAUAUUAAAAAAAUGUUAGUUCUGAGAAUUCCUUUUUCGAAGGCAUAAACAUUUUAAUAU